GAAACCGACGGCGACGGGGCGCCCUGUCCUGGAUCCGCGCCGUCCGUUCGCCGCAUACUUCGCCCACGUCGCCGCCUCACGGGACGGCGGGACGUGGCCGUUCUGUUUCGUGAUCGAAUCGCGUCGGCCCUCGAGCCGAAAUCUCUCGGGACGCCACGCAGCUGCCACCGUCUCCGACACUAAUUGCCACUAGGCCGUAGCUACGUUGCAGGCCUACGACUCCCCCCGCUACAAACACAAACCCCUACAAAACUCUUCCAAGAUCAGAUUUUGGUGAUAAAGCUCCGAUCCAAAUCCGCCACUGCCGUGAUGUUGCGGAACCCGGCGAAAGACGUUCCGCCGCCGGUUACAGAGCCAGAGGAGAACCUGCGGUGCCCGCGGUGCGAGUCCACGGACACCAAGUUCUGCUACUACAACAACUACAACCUCUCGCAGCCGCGCCACUUCUGCAAGAGCUGCCAGCGCUACUGGACCAAAGGCGGCGUCCUCCGCAACGUCCCCGUCGGAGGCGGCACUCGCAAGAACGCCAAACGCCCCACCGCCUCCUUCUCUCCCUCCGCCCAUGUUCCCGGCUCCAAGCGCCGCCACCUAGCGAAGCCCGAACCGGUCUGCAUCCUCUACCCGUCGCUCGACGUCGACCCGCGACUCAUUGGUAGUACUGCAAGCUUCAGCUCGCUGCUCGGCGUCCCAAACUACGCGAGCACCUCCACGAUUGGUGCUCAUGGACUGGAGUUACAGAGUCCAAAUGGCAGCGCCGGCUUCGAGAGCUGGGCAGCGCCGGCGACGCUGUCAAACUACUUUUCUGAGUUCUGGGAUGGAGCAUGGCCUAAUGCCUCCAUCUACUACAAUCCUAGUUCCAGUUUGCAGUGAGCUAACGGCUUCAAGUUGAGCACAGAAAGAUGAAGGUUCGAUCCAGAUUUUUGGCCACUGAUUACUAAACUGUUUCUUGUAUUGAGAAUCUGGCGAUGUGGAGCUGGAAAUAACUUGUAGGCGGCCUUAUUGUUUGUUUCUGAGCUCCAGGUCUCAUGUUUAACUAUAAGUUAGUGGAUGAGCUUGGAGGUUUUAGUGAUUAAGGCUGACUUGUGCAUACUUUAAUGCUAUCGUAGUUUACAGCUACCAGAUUGUAUGAUUCUAUUCUGACGAACUUGGAAAUCUUGUGCUUUCGUGAGAUGGUCAAAAGGUAGAUUUCAUCCCAUUUUCCACUAUGAAUAAGCCAACCCAAUUGAAAACAGCCCAGUCGAUCAUAAACGAAGCCCAACCCUACUGACUAAACGACAACGUUCGACACAUUGAGGAGCAGCGAAUUGUAGAAAGCACAAUCUCAGAACAACAAUAGGAGUCGCUCAGCUAGGUUUUGUUUUUCAAGCCAUUCAACAUCAUGAGUCUACGGUCAUCUCCUUUCCUUUCUGUUCCUUUUUCCAGUUUAGUAAUUGGGU